AUGGCGGAAAUGAGAAGUGUUGAACACGCUUUUGACUACGAUGCUACGUCAGAAUCAUCGUUAAAUGUCACUUCAGAAUAUCAGGUCCGUGGACCUAUCGAGGUUCCUGUUUAUCAGCAGGCGAUCAUUAUAACGAUGUACAGCAUAAUUGUAUGUUUGUCGGUGUUUGGAAAUUCGAUUGUAUGCUUCAUUGUCUUCUCUUCGCGAAAAAUGAGAACGGUAAUGAACUACUUUAUCGUGAGUCUCGCAUUGAGUGACAUAUUGAUGGCGGUCCUGUGCAUUCCGCUGACUUUCAUUGCAAAUUUGAUAAUCAAUUCGUGGCCGUUCGGUGAAACAAUGUGUCCAAUCGUUUCGUUCCUGCAAGUGGUCACUGUGUUCAUGAGCUCGUUUACGCUGGUCGCAAUUAGUCUCGAUAGAUACUGGGCCAUCGUGCAUCCUCUACGUCACAAGAUGAAGCGUCGACAGGGUUUCGUAGUGAUAUCUAUCAUUUGGAUGUUAUCAAUAAUCAUUCCGCUACCAACCGCCAUAAAAGCCAAGGUUCACCGCUAUGUCAACGACUCCUCGGCGCCAAUUUUCUGCGAAGAAGUAUGGGACAAUGUAACUGCACAGUCGGUGUAUAAUUUUAUCAUCUUAUUAUUCCAAUACUUUAUCCCGUUGGGAAUUCUCAUAUUCGCAUACAGUAGGAUCAUCCUAGUUCUUUGGAUAAAGAAAACACCCGGCGAAGCUGUCAGCGAUCGCGACAAGAGGAUGGCUUUGUCAAAGAAAAAGAUUAUCAAGAUGCUGAUUGUCGUCGUGAUCAUAUACGCCAUUUGCUGGCUGCCACUCCAUGCUAUUACCAUUGCUGGGGACGUUCACCUCACAUUCUAUAACCUGCCUGGCAUGAACAUCGUGUGGACGGCAUCUCAUUGGCUUGCGAUGUCUAACUGCAUGUAUAAUCCGUUUAUUUACUGCUGGAUGAACGCAAGGUUCCGGAAUGGCUUUCUCAAGGUCAUCCGCGUGGCAACUUGUCGGUUUUCGAAGGCUCGGAACGUCAUAGAGAUGCAACAUAUGCAUCGUCACACCUCAGCGCGCUUUUCUUCGCCCAUUCUUAAGUACAACGUCAACUCAGGCAAGUGUCAUACACGGAUGUUUAGUGCUGGACAAGUUCGAUUUACCUGGAACAAACUAAGCUGA